AAGAAAAUCUUGGCCAAAGGAUACUCAGUUGUAAAGGGUCUCGGGAUAUAUUUUUUAUCAUUGUGGUCGACGGCUUGCUUAUGCCAGGGGACUGCACUGCAAACAAUGGUUGCAGACUCCCCGUUGAUGAAUCCAUACUACACAGGCUCCAAGCAACGUUCUCAAAAGACAUAGUUCAUUGUGAACUCCUGAACCCAAUGUCUGAUGCAACCGUUGAAUUCUGAAUCCAUGGGCUUAACAGCUGAUGCAACUCUCCAGCGGCUAAAUGUUUGGGAUUUUAAACUGUGAAUAAAUAGGAACAAAAGUUGACUCGGGCUUUUGGCACUACUUGGGACUCAGCAUUCCGGAACUGUAGUUACUUCAAAUAAAUGCUAGAUUCUUAAAUGGCUCGCUUCCUUGCGCCGUCAAGACAAAAUCAGUUACACGACUUAAUCCAGUUACGUUGAGAUGUUUAAAAAAACAUUUUAUGUAAAGGUGCCUCCAAGGUUGUAAAAUAUUCUAAGCCACCUUGGCAGGAAUUUUACUGAAUGAAAUUUAACAUCGAGUCAUAAAAAGAAAUAUUGUCAAACUCAUGCCUGAUGAUCCCCAUCCACAUUACAAGUUCAAAAACACAAUAAGAUCCAGUGCGGCAGCCAACAGGACCUGGAGUGCCCUGAAUCUCGCGAGACUUAACUGGCGCGGCGGCGGGAUUUGGUGGGGGUCAGAGUUCAAGGCUCAAUUCAGACGAACAGAGACUGAAUUAAAAUGCCGGCGCUGGCAACCGCGAUGUUGUUGCCCCGGUUACAUGUUGCUGCAGCGGCUGCAUUCCAUCGUGCACUAGCUACAACUACUUGUGCAGCUGUGGCACAAUCUCUGCCUGAACAAGUGAAGAUUGUAGAAGUUGGACCCCGAGAUGGUCUACAGAAUGAGAAGGUCAUUGUUCCGGCUGAUGUUAAAAUUCACUUAAUUAACCUUCUCUCCGAGGCUGGGUUGUCUGUUGUGGAAGCAACAAGCUUUGUCUCUCCAAAAUGGGUUCCUCAGAUGGCUGAUCAGAAGGAAGUGAUACAAGGAAUCCGAAAGUAUCCAAAUGUGAGGUACCCAGUGCUGACUCCCAACCUGAAAGGGUUUGAAAGUGCAAUCAAGGCAGGUGCAAAAGAGGUAGCCAUCUUUGGAGCUGCCUCAGAAAUGUUCAGCAAAAGAAACAUUAACUGUUCCAUUGACGAGAGUCUACAACGGUUUGAAGAGGUGAUGAAAGCAGCAAAGGAUUCAAGCAUUCCAGUCCGAGGAUAUGUAUCCUGUGUCCUUGGCUGCCCUUAUGAAGGAAAUGUUUCCCCAACUAAAGUUGCAGAGGUGGCCAAGAAAAUGUAUUCCAUGGGUUGUUACGAGAUAUCCCUGGGGGAUACAAUUGGUAUAGGAACACCUGGCAGCAUGCGAGAAAUGCUGACAGCUGUAAUCAAGGAGAUUCCAGUCAGUGCACUAGCUGUACAUUGUCAUGAUACAUAUGGCCAGGCUCUUGUCAACGUCUUUACAGCACUAGAGAUGGGAAUUUCAACAGUGGACUCAUCAAUAGCUGGCUUGGGUGGCUGUCCUUAUGCACAAGGUGCAUCUGGAAAUGUGGCAACUGAGGAUGUAGUGUACAUGUUGAAUGGGCUGGGAAUUCACACUGGAGUGGAUUUGCAGAAGUUAUUGGACGCUGGUGGAUAUAUUUGCAGAGUCCUAAACAGGAAAACCAGCUCUAAAGUUGCUCAGGCAUCUUGCAAAUUGUAGUAUUCAGUAAACUAUUAUGUACAGACUGAAUGGAUGGAAGUAUGGACAAGUAUUGUAAACAUUUUCCAUCCACAACUUUCUUGUUGUAAUUCCUGUGUAUAAUAUUGAGCUAGAUUCUGAAGUGUAAUUGUUUAAUCACUUAUUCCUCUUAAAGAGAAAGUUACUGUAGCUUCAGAUAUUUACUCAUUAUCUGUACUUUUUCCCAAAAAUGCCUCUCAUAAUUACCUAAUGAUUUUUAUUCCAUAUUCCAAGUUGUUUCAUCUCUUGCUUAAGUUAGCAACUAAGUGCAUUCGCCAAGGCUCUACUGAGCUAACUCCUUUCUGGGUGGCACAGUGACUCAGUGCUUAGUACUGCUGCCUCACAGUGCCAGGGACCUGGUUUUGAUUCCAGCCUCUGGUGCCUGCAUGUUUUCCCCAUGUCUGUCUGGGUUUCUGCUGGGGUGCUCCAGGUUACUCCCACAGUCUAAAGAUGAUGCAGGUUAGAUGGAUUGCCCUAUAGUGUACAGGGGUGUGCAGGCUAGGUGGAUUAAUGUGGGGUUAUGGAGAUGGGGUGCUGGGUCUGGGUGAGAUGCUCUUCAAAGGGUCACUGCAGAUUCAAUGGGUCAAAUGGCCUUUUUCUACACUAAGGGUUCUGUGAUUCAAUGUCAAAUGUGUAAAGUUAUCAGAAACUCUUCACAUGAUUUUAGAUUCUAAAGGUAUAGACAUUUUUCAUCUGUCCAAUUCUCAGUAGUUUUCUUUCAUGAUCCAAAAAUAAAAUUCUCAACAAAGUUUUUCUGUA